GUACAGCCUGGAGGACAAGUCCCCUUACUCUAGACCACUCAAACACAAGAGUGCAGGUCCGAACCAGAGCGGGAGAGCUGCAGGGAAAGAGCUCAGGCUGGAAGAUUGGGAUGAUGAGCUGGUCAACAGCAGAGGGGCAUGCCAACCAGCCAGUGAUAAGAUCGCUGACAUGAAUCUCACUCCACAGCAAAUGAGGCUGAGAUACCAAGACUACAGUGGCUCAACUGUCAAGGUUCUGUCUGUGAUGGAUCUGAUGAAGAUCAACUAUGACCUCAUCAUACACUUGCUGGAGUGGAUUGUGCUGGGGGACCACGAGCUUGCACAGGAAGGUGCUAUACUUGUCUUCCUACCAGGGUUUGCAGAAAUUCAGACCCUGUAUGACAUGCUGUUGUCCACAUCUGAAUUUGGUAUCCGAAACAAAGGGAGGUACAAGAUAAUACCACUUCAUUCUACCCUGUCUUCGGAGGAUCAGAAUGCAGUCUUUAUGAAAGCAAGAGAGGACAUUGUGAAGAUUGUGAUCGCCACCAACAUCGCUGAGACCUCCAUCACCAUCGACGACAUUGUGUAUGUGAUCGAUGCUGGCAGGAUGAAGGAGAAGCGCUAUGACCAGGCCAAGAGCAUGGAGAGCCUGGAGACUGUCUGGGUGUCCAAGGCUAAUGCUGUACAGAGGAAAGGUCGAGCUGGAAGAGUACGGGAAGGAUUCUGUUUCCAUCUGUUCACCUCCCAUCAUUUCAACUUUCACCUGAGGGAUCAACCGAUACCAGAAAUCCAGCGAGCUUGCUUGGAACAGCUAGUACUGAAGAUCAAGAUGUUGCCGUUGUUCAAGGAGCAGCAAGUGGAGGCUGUCUUAGAAAAACUCAUAGAGCCACCUUCAGCUGAGGCCAUAAAUGGAGCAGUCAGACGUCUGUCCGACCUCGGAGCCCUGGAUGCUAGUGUGGAGUUGACCCCACUGGGUUAUUAUGUAGGGUCAUUGCCGGUGGAUGUCAGGAUAGGCAAGCUGAUGUUGUUUGGUGCCAUCUUCCGCUGCCUGGACCCCACCCUAACGAUAGCAGCCACCCUCAGCUUCAAGAGCCCGUUUGUAACUCCGUUUGGCUUGAAGCAUGAAGCUGAUGACAAGAGGAAAGAGUUUGCAAUGGGCAACUCUGAUUACUUGACCGUGCUGAAUGCGUACAAGGGUUGGUGUAAGGUCAAGGACAGGGGAGCACACCAGGCUUAUGUCUACUGCCAGGAGAACUUCCUCUCAGUAAAAACGUUGCAGAUGCUGGCCAGCCUGAAGCAGCAGUAUGUAGAACUGUUGUCUGACAUUGGUUUCAUCCAGUCUGGGAUCCAACAGAAGGAUUUGGAAAGGGCAGCUAGAGGGGGAUCAGAUGGUGUGGCUAAUGCAACUGGUAUAGAGGCAAAUGUGAACUCCAACAACUGGAAGCUGGUGUCUGCCAUGCUGGUGGCAGCCCUGUACCCUAAUGUAGUCCAGGUUCUCACCCCAGACACAAGGUACCAUGCCAGCAGCUCAGGGGCAGUUGUCAGAGCACCUAAUGCGGAGGAACUCAAGUUCAAAACCAAACAAGAUGGUUAUGUGAGCAUACACCCAUCUUCAGUGAACUUCCAGGUGCGACAUUACCCCAGUCCCUACCUGGUCUACCAUGAGAAGAUCAAGACAACCAAGGUUUAUAUCCGUGACUGCUCUAUGGUUUCUGUGUAUCCAUUGCUGUUGUUUGCUGGAGGCAGUAUAUCCAUGGAUCUCUACCAUGGAAACUUCAUUUUAUCUGUGGAUGAUGGGUGGAUACAAUUUAUGGCUGCCUCACCACAGGUUGCUGAACUGAUCAAGGAGCUGAGAUCUGAGCUGGACCAACUAUUGUCUGAUAAGAUGUAUCAGCCAGACAUGGAUCUUCUGACCUGCCCUAGAGGCAGCAAAAUUAUCAACUGUAUAGUCAGUCUCAUCUCCAGCCAGUGA